AUGAAGGUCGCCAUCAACCAAGGGAUACUAAUUUACAUAGGGGCCAUGAAACAAUUUCGAAAAUUUUGUUCAAAGACCUGUUUAAUCAUCGGAUUUUUGAUUUGUGAGAUCUUGUCCUUGAUGAUAUUUAAUUCGGAUCAAUUGGUUGGUGAUUUUAUACAAAGAUCGUUUUAUGGGACGAUGAUUAUAUUGGGAGUGAUCAUGCAAAGUAGUUCGGCUGUUUAUACCAUCACGGUUAUCAUUUUAUGCACUCAACUUUCUGGCCGAUCGGAUAAUAAUACCAAAAAUGUGCUAAAUCAUACGUUAUCCGAUUUCACCAAUUUCAUAAAUAACGAGGAAGCUCCAGGGUUCUCAUCAAUGGCUAUAAGAAAGUACCUUAAAAAGAAUAAUCAUUUUGAGAAUAAUUUUGCUGGGGUUCCCGGGGUUCCUCGUAGGAAAGAUUUGGAUGACGUGGAAUUGGGCGAUGCUUUUGAGGAGAAAAAACAAACCGUUGAUAUUGUUGUCAACAAAACGGUUGUACAUGAGGUUGACGUUAAACUGACCGCGUAA